AUGGCCUCAGUCCGCUCUCUGGGCCUCCACGAGCCCGUUGCAAUACCAUACCUCGUGGCCGAGUCGAAGCUGCCGGCAAACCCCUCUGACGACCAGUUUGUUUGGAAAAUAUGCGCUGUCGAUAAUGGAACUGGAAGUCUACUGGAGGAGGAGAUAAUAUUCACAAAUAAUUACGUUGUUUGGUCUCGAGGCGGGGUAGUUAAAAGGUCAUUCAGCUUUGAUAUCGAGAAGGAGGAAAUAAUUGACGCCUUAUUUGCGACAUUCCCAGCUAGCUCGAUUGAAGGAGAAAGUACAAGGACUUUUGGGAAGAGCCCAACUGCCGAAAACCCAUCCCGCAAUGGAAUUGCUGCAGCGAAUGAUUAUUUACAAAACAAUCUAACAGGGAGGAAGCGUCUCCAGGAAGGAGGCAAGGUGGCGUCACAAUCGGGGGCCAUUCCUACACUCGCUGUUGGCGAUGGAUAUGUGGAAAGCAAUUUACGUAGAGCAUUGGUUGUGGUUUUGAAAUCCCAAGCUCACGUAUUUUUUGUCAACGGCGACUCUCAUGUUGUGCCGUUGCCUUUCGAAGUUGACGCCGUCUGGGCUACACCACGGGGCCUGCUGCUUCAGAGGAAGGUCACAGGAGAGUGGAAGAAGACGGUGCCAGCGGCUCCGCCGAACUCCUUCGUUUCUUCGCAUACCAAAUAUCAGAAUUCAUUCACCCUUUCCGGUGGGAGUGGUGCUCGGCCAUCUCUUACGUUAUCUCCCGCUCAGCCAUUAAAAUGGAUUCCGAAAAUGUAUGAUAAUACUUUUCUUCCUCGAGUGUUUUGUCUCGUGGACCCUCAUUCUGAGAUGGGAUUGGUUGUCGCUAGCAAUCCUUCUCUAUCCACACAAGAUAAUGGUGCAAGUUUUGAUGCGCUUGAUCCGAUGGAAGAAGUACUGUAUGUCUCUGCGAAAGAUGAGGCCGCGAAUGGAAAUGCUAAAGGCCCCGAUAAAUAUCCCUUAUUAUUCGUCGUGACAUUGAACGAAAAGUCUGGAAUGUAUACUAUCUGGACCGCCCGCUACAGGGACAAAGAUUCCGCGCUCUCCAACUCUAAAAAGCGAAUGUCAACUGUGGGUGGGACACAUUCGAAGAGACGAAGCUCCCACUUUGAUAUGGUAGGUGUCAAUACACCGGUUGGUCGGGGACCAGCUGGGCUUCGCGAAAGUUUUGGCGGAUUAAAUCAUGGCCGAUCUGUAUCGGAUUUGUCCAAACCAAACCAAAAGCCUAAUACCGACGAUGAAGAAGAUUUUGCGUCUCAACUUGGUCACGAGUUUGACGACAUUGGUGUUUCUAUGAGGGCAUCUCGAAGAGUGAGCUCAUUGCUUUCUCGUGCAGAUCUGGCAGCGAACAAUGACAGGACAACGUUUUCGGACCUUGUGACUGGCACCCAGAAUGCUUCAUCGUUCUAUGGAGGUAGGCGGGGAGAAUCGUUCGGCGGCCAAACCGGUCGUUCAAGCUUCGGAUACCACCACAGAAACUCGUUAACUCAAGGAAGCACUUCAAUCUAUAGCAACGGCAGUAGUUUCCUCGAUGCCCCUGUUGAUAAAUUUUUAGAAAGCUUAAACAACGGGGGUGACUUUGAAGGAUUCGAUAGCAUGGGCCUGAGAGAAACUAUAUCUGGUCUACCGAGAGGGCUGAUGCUUGUAAAAGUAGACAGCUUUUCGUCCGGAUUGCAAACUACCCGGAGUACAUCAACUUUCCCCAGGGACCGGAAAUUUGAAGUGUUUACGAUCUCUUCGUACCAGGACACAUCCUCGGAGUCACCUGAUUCGCUUUCAAUUGCUCUCUGCAUACUUAACAAGAAUUUAAAGAACCUGUCCGUGGUAAGCCUUCUUGCGACCAACACAAGUUCUGAAGCGCAGCCCAAAUCGCGUGUUAGGAAGGAAAAGAAAAGCCACGGUUUAAGUGACCGAGGCUUCACUGUUCGUGCUACAGGCGUCCUGAAUGGACCCAAUGUUGUGGACUGCUGCAAAUUGGUGGAUGAAGACGUAUCGCGGAUACUUAUUUUAUCCUCAACGAUCGACGGUCGAGGGGAGUUGACAUUACAAGCGCCCUGGAGUAGCCUUGUUAAAGUCGAGCUUCCGUCAAGUAUGAUGAUUUAUGGGCCACACGGAAUGUCAAUUACCAGCUCUCCGAAUAGACCACGAGAAGGGAGUUUGAAGAGAGUUUUAAGCGACGGCUCAUUUGACCUGUGUGGGCUACUUCAUUCUACGAAUAGGGGCAAGGUUGACGUGGUUGAUAAGAAAGGGCGGAAACACAGGAUUCAGAUACAACUGGAGCCGCAUAAUCCCCGUGUCAAGCAGAUCCUUGACGUCUGCAGGUUUGUGCUGCGACGGGCACAUAACGCCGGGGAUGGAAUUCUUGUUGGUUGGUGGGAAGUUUUGAAAUGGUUGCAGGCAAGAAGGGAGGGGGAUAAUGAUAACGAUUUAGAGUGGACUGCAAUGGUGGUUGUGCUAUUUACAAUGGGGGUUUAUUUUAUCGAAGGCAAUCAUUCAAAACCUGCAACGAGACCUAAGCGAAGAAAAGCCGAGUUUCUACGAUCUAGUAGUGGAAGUUCCAUUGACCUUGACAACUGGGAUAGUAUGUUGGACCAAGAAGCUGGAUCGCAUGGUGUUGGGUCGUCUUGGAUGAUGGGUUCCGCUUGGGGCUGGGUUUUGGAAGAGGAUUUGAAGCCUACCGAAGAAAUCUCCUGGGGAGAUCAUCGACCCGGCCCUGAGGCUGGAGCCAUUCCCCGAAAAAAUGCUUAUAUUCUCCGUUGUGCGGCGUUAUCCCGGGAAUUUCUUUCGUCUCCCCAAGGCGAGGCCGCAAUCGGUGCGGAGGGCUAUCUUCCAACUGCAGUUUCUCGUGACCCCGACACAAGACGAACUACUCUUGGCACGAUCUUAGUGGGACUACAUUUGUUUCGCGAGGAGCAAAAGUUGUCUACUAUCAAUGCAGAAACUUCUUAUUCAAAAACUGGCCUUCUCGCCCCUGUCCUAGCACAAAUCGGUGGAUGGCUGGGGUGGGAAUCCUGGGAUUGGAAGCGCAAUGGAUAUUACAGCGUAGAGAUGGCUAGUAUAGAUCGAUGGGCGUUUGAAGAAUCCAGGAUUUCGGCUUUGGACUUACCGGAAGAGCCUUUUCCUCCCCCUUCGAUACUCUCAUUUGUUGAAAAAUCUCUGAACCAUGAACAAGCGAAAUUUCUGACGAUCCUCGACGUCGUAUCAAGUUCCGCACAGGCAGCUGGCCGGGAUUCUACCCUGCAGCAAGCUAUGAGGCUCACACCCCGGACUUUGGCAUUCAGUGGCUUCAUUUCGGAACUAAAACCACAAACUACGGUUGAAGACCGGGUGGAACUGUUGCUUCGCUGGGGUUUAACGAGUUCUGUAAUUGAUACCCUUCCAGACGGCAUCAGUGUUCCUCUUCACGAAGCUAUUGUUCGGUGCCAGCCGGCACCCCCGAGUCACUGGGGGAGUUCACUGCUCGCAUUGAUCGACAGAGACGAUCUUUUCAUGUCGAUGACGGAAGACAGGGCCAGCUCUCCAAUGUCAAGGUCUCCGUUUAUUCAAUCCCAUGAUGCUGCACGUGAUGUUCAUUCGAUUGGGAAUCCGUCGCUCGAUGGGACUACUGUGAAUUCCUUCGAAGUUUCCGCGGAAGCCGAUAGGCAGUCCAUCACGCGACUUAUUUUCCGCGAGGAUCGACGCUUUUAUGAGGCAUUCAGGAUCUUGAAUCAAAUGAAACCCCCAUACGCAGAAUAUGUACCGGCCCCGGGUUUGUCUGAAUCGGAAGUCCUUGAGGCCCAGAAGGAAUUGGUUCAGCUUGUGGUCUUGCGGACUUUGUCAGUACCUGCUGGUAGAGCAAUGAUUGGGUUUAGUGGCAGGGUACCACUCUUAACUGAGAAACUACCAAUACCCGCUUUUUCCUUGCAGUGCGUUAUGAAACCGUCGAAUGUGACAAUUAGUGCUGAAAAGUCCGCUUUCUCGGAGGAUAAAGCUUGCUGGGCAUUCUUUCACAAUGGGGCGUCAACUGGACUCGCUAUAUCGAAAGCUGCGAAAGGCAUUGAUACGUCCUGGAUAUUGUAUAAUAAACCAAUUGAGCUAACGAAUAGACACGCUGGAUUUUUGCUUGCGCUGGGCUUGAACGGACACCUAAAGUCUUUGGCAAAAUGGGUCGCCUUCAAAUAUUUGACUCCUAAACAUACCAUGACCUCCAUUGGUCUUCUACUGGGGCUUUCCGCUUCCUAUCUCGGCACCAUGGAUACUCUGAUAACACGCCUGCUUUCAGUUCAUGUAACCCGAAUGUUACCUCCAGGCGCCGCGGAAUUGAAUCUGUCCCCAUUGACACAAACUACAGGAAUUAUGGGUAUUGGGUUGUUGUACUGCAACUCCCAACACCGGCGGAUGAGUGAAGUCAUGCUGUCGGAAAUGGAAAAUACAGACCAGGAGGAGCCAUCUGUCUCCCAUGACAUUCUACGGGGCGAGGGGUAUCGUCUGGCCGCAGGCUUUGCUCUAGGCUUCAUAAAUUUAGCCAAGGGGAGUGAUUUAAGAGGGCUCCGUGAUAUGCAUAUCGUGGAAAGAUUACUAACUCUUGCCGUUGGGACCAAAAAUGUGGACGUUGUUCAUAUCCUGGAUAAAGCCACCGCCGGUGCUACUGUUGCACUGGCAAUAAUAUUCAUGAAAUCAAACGAUGCGGCAGUCGCUGAAAAGAUCGAUAUCCCCGACACGGUUGCUCAGUUUGACUAUGUGCGGCCUGACAUCUUCCUGCUUCGAACAUUGGCUAAACACCUAAUAAUGUGGGAUUCUAUUACUGCCAGCUAUAGAUGGAUUAAGAACAAUAUUCCAUCUAUUUAUAAGCGCAAAUAUCGCCUGAUGACAAUUCAUCAUUUGAGCACUGAUGACAUGCCAUUUUUCAACAUUGUUGCAGGGCUCUGCUUUGCUAUUGGGCUUCGAUUUGCCGGUUCUGGUUUACCUCAAGCACGCGACCUUCUUGUUUCCUAUCUUGAUCAGUUUAAACGGAUAUCGCGGUUCGCUGUGCAUAACUACGAUGAGAAGCUAACUCGCAACGCAGUUCGCAAUUGCCAGGAUAUUAUUGCAUUAUCUGCAGCUGCUGUCAUGGCUGGAACUGGAGAUCUCAUAGUGUUCCGCCGUCUUCGAUCACUUCACGGCCACGUUGGUGGAGACAUUCCAUAUGGAAGUCAUAUGGCAGCACACAUGGCUAUUGGUAUGCUGUUUUUGGGAGGUGGAACAUAUACGCUGGGUACUUCGAAUCUUGGGAUCGCAGCUCUACUGUGCUCCUUCUAUCCCGUAUUUCCCACCACUGUUCUUGAUAACAAAUGCCACCUUCAAGCCUUCCGUCAUCUUUGGGUCCUCGCGGCGGAGCCAAGGUGUCUUAUUCCGCGCGACCUUGACACACGGCGUGCGGUAACAAUUCCGGUGUCCGUAACACUCAAAACAGGCGAGAGCCAAGUUACAACAGCGCCAUGUCUACUUCCUGAUUUAGAUGAUCUCGCAACUGUAAAGAUACAAAGCCCGGAUCACUGGGAUCUGACUUUGGACUUUGCUGGUAACCCAGAUCUCAGGGAUAAAUUCCGCUUGGGUAACCAAUCUGUUUACCUCCGUAGGCGAGCAGUUUACAAUGCGUCUUGCACCUCAGAAUUUUCUUCAUCCCUGAUGGCACUGAGCGACGUUCAGGAUAUCCCUUCGUCUUCGGUCCCGGGUUACUCUCGGACAGUAAACGCUGUGCCGAGUGCAGCAGCAUCUAUCCUGUAUUCCCAAGGCAAAUCAUCUAUUCAGGUCCGAUUCCCCGCGCGUCACCUCUGGGAGUGGAUUUUCAAUCUCCCUGCCUUCCGAAUUCUUGAUAUGGGUGACAAGGCGCUAGUGAUACCCUCACUGCCAUCUCAGCAACCAAUUACGAUUUAUGCCAGGGACCAAUCCAAAAUUGUUAUUGAGUCACCUUCCUGGUUGCGUCCAAGUGCGGUGGAUACGAGACUGGUACUUGAAAAGACGGUCCAGCAUUUGGUGGCGGCUGCAACUGGCCAAGGCGGCGGGGAUGACACGGUCAAAGACCGAUUAUGGCAACUCAGACUCCUUUUCGCAUGGCUGGACUCGAAUGACGACCUGGGGAGAAGAAAAUCCGCUACGGGAGAAAAAGGUAGCUUCAACACCUUCAAAGGGAUGUGGCUUAGGACCGAUAUUAUUGAGGAUGCUCGAUGGAGGGUGUGGGGCGUUCAAGUGGGCGACAACGAUACUAGCGGACAACUAGUCGAGGUUGCCGAAUCCCCUGCGAAGGCUUCGAUUGAUAAGAUGGACGGCUGGCCCCAAACCAGAUUUCCACCACAGACUAUUAAAAAGCAUGUCCAAUGCACCGAGGAAUGGCCGGUAUGCAGCCGAUGCGAGCGACUGAACCUGCACUGUGUUCGUGGCCUCAAGUUGCUCCGGAGAGAGGAUGCGGCUCAGAGGGGCAUACGCUUUGGCCGGGAGGGAACAUGGUCAAAAGGCUCUUCGAAGGCCGUAACACCUACAAAAGUCGAAAUUGGUCAUGAAUUCCAGCCUGUCUCCAUUGACCACACGGGAUUUAACCCCUAUUUAUCUCUCGUCACGCCGCUGGCUUUGAAUUAUCAACAACCCCACGAGCCGCUGAGAAACAUCCUCCUUGCCAUUGCUGCGAACCAACGUCAUCUCCUUGGCGACAGUACCUAUGAGCGGGAGGCAUUUUAUUUCAAGCAGAAGGCGCUACAUGGCUUGCAGAAUGAGACUAACCAUAGGAAACCGAGUGCUGGAGCAGUUGCGACGAUAACCGAUGGGUGUACCCCUUCAUGGACAACACAUCUUCGUGGGGGCCUUCAGCUCAUGGAAAUGUUUCCACAUCAAAUGUGUGAAAAUCCUUCGGAGGUGCCACAAGUAGCUCAUUCAUGGCUUGACGACGAUGACCUUGAGGAGAUUGACGUAUUGAUGGGUUGCUCGCGGGGCCUCAUGACAUUAAUAAAUAAAAUAUCAACCUUAGGAGCAAAGAAGUCAAAGGCGAUGAAAACCCAUCAACUCACACUGCAAGAAAUCUCAAAUUUCAAUACAGCGAGGAUUGAUAUCGAAGCCGAAUUACGAGUUCUCCACCAAAAGCUACCAAGCUACGCCUCCCUCCAAGAGGACCUCUUACGGAUUGCCGAAACAAAGAGGCUCGCAGCGAUUCUAUACCUGCGCGAACGCCUGGGGAGCCCGACUGGUCUUUGCUAUUUUUAUCCCGUUGAGAAGUUUUCUCCUCACCAAGAUCAUAAACAUAAGCAUAAUAAUAGCAUCAACUCGCCGCUUAGCCACCAAGCCACUACACUAAGUGUAGUGGAGACAUCACCAUCAGGAUUCAAAGCCCGAAUCGUCAACAUGAUAAUAAGCCUUAUGGAGAACCUACCCGAUUCCCCUACGUUACUCUGGCCACUCUUUAUUGUAGGCACUGUGGGCCUGGAUGAUGAAGCGCAUCGCCGUUUUGUGCUCGACAGAUUGACGAGCAUUCAGAAGACGCGCAACUUGGGUAGUGUUCGAAGGGCGUGUAUGGUCGUUGAAUGUGCAUAUCGGGCAAAGGAUAUCCAUUUCCCGCGAGGUAAGGUUUGGGGAGAUGAAGGGCCAGGGGUUAUUAGUUUGGCAUGA